GAGGAGGAGUCGAAGAAGAAGAAGAAGAAGAAGCUAGCUCGAUGAUGCUAAUCGAGCUUUAUUAUCAUUUUAUUAUUCUCAUAUAAACUACGCGUUUCCUUCUGAUUCUAACUUUCAGUAUAAAUGACUUCAUUCUGCACAGCAGCGGGGUUUUUUAAACGAGCCGGAUGUGGCAGCCAUGUUGUUCAAGAGGUGGAUGUUGAUGGUGUGUUUCACAGACACACAGCUCUGCAGAAACCCGGGCGGUAGGUCCGAUAGUACACGAUGGAGACAGUCGAACCGCAUUGGUGUGAAAAGUGUGGACAGAGUUUCACAGACCGUGAUGUUUUCCUCUCUCGUCCCUGUUUGAAGAGUCCGACCGCUUCCUCUUGAACAGGAGAGCUGAGCAGCUACAAAUGCUCUCGGUGCACUGAGGCCUUUUCCACACAUCACUUCAAAACCACUCACAGUGGACACAACCCUGGAGGCCUGUUUGCCUGCACUGGGCCCGGAUGCCAGUUCAGCAGCACUGACCACCAGGAAUAUCAAGCCCACUUGACGUCCACACACGGCACUCACUCUCAUUCCUUGCACCUUCCGGCCCUGCAAAAGUGUCACUGCCCACACAGAGUGAGAUGGAGAGACACUUGUCCGACAGGCCAAAAAGAAAACUGAAGUCCAACCCAUCUUUCCCAGGAAAUGGGCGUAAGGAACAGCCUGAGCGGGAUGGACACAGUGACAAAAGAGUGAGAGAGGCAGAGGAAAGAGACAGUCCUCCCGCAGUGGACGCUGCACCAAUGAAAUCCAAAGAGUACGUAGCAGAAGGUGCCGAGCACAUCUAUCGCACCCACACCUGCCCCACAUGUCGUCGCUGCUUCAAGAUGCGCUCCCACCUGCAGGAGCACCUCCAUUUACAUUUCCCUGACCCCAGUCUCCAGUGUCCCACCUGCAAGCAUUACUUCACCAGCAAGAGCAAGCUACGCAUACACAGGCUCCGGGAGGCGGGUGACAAGGUUCACCGUUGUCACCUGUGUGAAUAUUCCGCUGUGGAGCGUAACGCGAUCCGUCGGCACCUCGCCAGCAUGCACACUGAUGAGGCACAAGAUGGCGUAAAGAGUCAAAGUUAUCCCUGUCCCACCUGUGGUCAAAGCUUUCGUCAAAGCAGGUCACUCAAGGCUCACAUGAAGACGCACAACAGCCAAACUGCCAGCAAACCGGUGGCCUGCUUCCAUGAGGCCUGUUCAUUCCAGAGUUCUUUGCGCAAAGAACUUCUAAGACACACUGUUGAGGUCCAUGGGGUCAAAGCAGUAGAAUGUCGCCAUCAUGCCUGUGGGGCCAUUUUUCAAACAGAGAUGGACAUGGAGAUUCAUUAUCGGACUCACAUCGCCUACCACUGCUCGCAGUGUGAUUUCUCUUCCUCCAAUAAAACUCUUUUCCUCCAGCACCAGCGGCUCGGUCACGCAGGGACAGACGAGCUCUGCUGUGACUUCUGCUCCUUCUCCACGUUCAACCCGGUGGAGUUUGAGCAGCACAUUGGACACUUGCACGCCAGCGAGAAGAUCCAUCGUUGUUCUCAGUGCAGCUACGUGACCUCACAUAAACGCGGCUUGAAGAGACACAUGCUGAUGCACAGUGGUGACAAGCCCCACAAGUGUAGCCUGUGUGAUUUCAGAUGCCGAGAUGAGUCCUACCUCUCCAGACAUAUGCUCACUCACUCAGACGACAAAAACUUCAUGUGCGCUGAAUGUGGAUACGUCACUAAAUGGAAGCACUAUCUCAACGUCCAUAUGAGGAAACACGCUGGAGACCUCAGGUACCAUUGUGAUCAGUGUCCCUAUCGCUGUCACCGCAUGGACCAGCUAAACAGUCACAAACUACGACAUCAGGACAAAUCACUCAUCUGCGAGAUCUGUGCUUACGCCUGCAAGCGCAAGUAUGAGCUUCGCAAUCACAUGUUGGCCAAACACUCCGGAGAGGAGAAACAGCCAUCUGCCUUCAAGUGCAAGUACUGCACGUACACAACCUGCUACCGACAAGCGCUUCAAAACCACGAGAACUGCAAACACACCAAGCUGAAAGAGUUCCGCUGUGCCCUCUGUCUCUACUCCUCGUUCAGUAGCAUCAGCCUCUUCCUGCACAAGAGGAAAGCUCAUGGGUAUGUGCCUGGGGACAAAGCAUGGCUAGAGAACUACGCUGCGAAGGAGAAGGAGAGAAACUCAACAGGGUUCGUGGAGGAUUUUUACAACAAGCGCUCAGCAGCUCAUGAGCAGAAUGAACCACCCUCGACAUCUCGGAGAGAACAACGUGGGCUCCCUGGUGCAGCGGAUCACAGUGCAGGCACAGAAGCAGAAGCAGGAUCACAAACUGUGGAGGAAGUUCCUCAAGAGGUUGUUGAUGAAGGUAUUUCAGACAGUCCGCCAACUGUGAACAGUCCAGAGGAAUACUGUACUCUGAUUCUGACUACACUGUCCACCACCGAUUAUCAAACCCCCGCUUUGCAAAACACGGAGGAAAACUGUGCAAAUCCAACAGCCACUCAAGAAAAGGCAGCCGUCUCUACAUCCACAAAUUCAUCAGAGGAAGAUAAUGUAGCGACGCCCCAUGAACAGUGUGACCCACGUGAUUUAGAUGACAGCUACAAGCCUCUGAAUAAUUCAACCAGUCAAACUGAGGAACCCAAGAAGUGUCCAACACCUGAGGUGGAGAUUGACGAUGAAACAAUCGGUUCCAUUUUGCCGCCUGUGCACAAUCAGCCAUCAGACUUCGAGGUGCGUCUGAAAGCCAUGAAGAAGCACGACAAGGACCAGGCAGAAGCCAUGGUUUUGGAGGGACGUGUGCAGAUGCUUGUGGUGCCGACUAAAGACGCUCAUCGCUGCGACAAGUGCUCGUAUGUAACCUUCGAGGAGACCGCGUUGAAGCACCACAGCCUGACUCUGUGCCACGGAAAGAUGAAGGAACACAGGUGUCAGGCCUGUGGUGCACAGUUCAAACAGAGGAGAGGCCUCGAUAGUCACCUGGUGAAGAAGUGCCCAAUGCGUCCACGAAAAACAAGGACGUUUGUGGGUAUUUCAAAAAUAUGUCCAGCUGCAGAGGGGAGCUCUUGUCAGGGUGAGGAAGGAUCCAAAGAACUGCCUGAAGGAACAAAUUCAGAUCAGACAGAGCUGCUUCCACAACAUAUCAUCUCCACAGACGAUCAGGUUCAUCAGCAGGAAGAGGAAGUAACAACCUGUGAAGGCUUUGAUGAUAAUGAAACUACAUCCACUGAUCCAAAACACCAGCAAAGCAAAACUCGGAUAAAUAUAGUUGUGAAAAAACUAUUUGUUUCCCGUAACAAGGGCAGAAGAAUUUUGCUGAAGAAAAACUCCCUUUACACUCAAGCAGAUGGUAAAUUUAAAUGCAAGCUCUGCAGGUUUUCAUCUGUCAGGCUUGCAACAGUUGAACGGCACCUCGCCACCUGCCACAAAGAAUGUAGGAGAGGAGACAAGCAGAUCCUCUCAGAAGUGGACGGUCAGUGUGAUAACGAGUCAGUCACAGAACAAGAGGACCUGUUAGAUGAGGACAACGGAAAAACUCAGACUUUCUCUAAUCCAAGCUGUGCUCAGAAAGCAGCGUUAUCAGACAGCCCUAAAAAGAGAGCACGCACAAAACCAGACGAAUGCACAACCCACCACAUUCUGUAUGUUCAUAAAAAGAAGAAGUUCGAUGUCGCUCAACCUAAACUUUUGCAUUGCCUGCUCUGUACUUUCAGCUGUAAGCAGAAACGGUGCAUGGCACAGCAUGUUGCACUCAAACACAAAGGUGCGCGGCCUCACCGGUGCAAAUACUGUCCGUUCACCACCACCAGGCGCUACCGCCUGGAAGAACACGAAUCUCUUCACACAGGAAUCGGCCGUCACAAGUGUGAAGUGUGCGACAAGACCUUUGGGGCUGUGACAAAACUGCGUCAGCACAAGAUGCGUAUCCACGACAAACAGCCCACGCACUUCUGCUCGGUGUGUGACUUCAGUGGCUACACGCUCGACGAUGUGAGGCGGCACAACCUCAGAUGCCACACGGGGGAGCUAAAGCACGCCUGUGCUGCAUGUGAAGCUUGCUUUAGUUCAGAGAGUGCACUCAGAAACCACUGUAAGCGCGUGCACAGGCUUCAAGUCUGUUUCCCAUGCGAGCAGUGUGACUACACAUGUAGCAGCGAGGUCACACUGAAGAGCCACCAACAAACCAAACACCGCCUGGUAAAGUGCACCACCUGCCACGAGUCCUUUUUGACAAAGGAAAGCCUGGAGAUUCACCAGAGAAGCCACAUGGCACAUCACUGUCAGCUGUGCCCCUUUGCCACCAAAACCAGGCAGCUGUUGGCUCAGCACCUCGGCAGCGAACACGAGGAGGGGUCUGCGGAGGACAAGCCCCUCAGGUGCAGCACGUGUCAGUUCGCAUGUCGCCAUCAGCUGGUGUUGGAGCAGCAUCUCCGGUCACAUGGAGGUCGGCGUCUGUACAAAUGCACCGACUGCGAGUAUUCAACCCGGAACAAGCAGAAGAUCACGUGGCACAUUCGUAUACACACGGGGGAGAAGCCGUACAGCUGUGAGCUGUGCAGCUACACCUGCACGGAUCCAUCCAGGUUGAAGCUUCAUAUGAGGGUUCAUCAAGAAGAGAAGAAGUACCUCUGUCCAGAGUGUGGCUACAAGUGCAAGUGGGCGAGUCAGCUGAAGUAUCACAUGACCAAGCACACAGGAGAGAAGCCGUACACCUGUGACGAGUGUGACUACCGCACCAACAGAGCGGACGCCCUCCGCGCCCACCGGGACACGCAGCACUGCGACAUGCGCCCUUACGUCUGCGAAAAAUGUGGCAAAGCAUUCAAGACCAGUUUCAUCCUGAAGACCCACCAGCGGCAGCACAGUGACGACCGGGCGUACACAUGCGGAUUGUGCCACAAGGCCUUCCGCUGGCCGGCGGGCCUCAGGCACCACUACCUCUCUCACACCAAGCAGCAGCCUUUCCGCUGUCGCCACUGCUCCUACAGAGCCAAGCAGAAGUUCCAGGUGGUCAAGCAUUUGCAAAGACACCACCCGGGGGUGUCGGUGGAGCAGGGGGUGGUGAGAGACUCUGAGGCGGUCAGCCUGACCCUGAAGGAGGCGCUGCAGGGGAGGCUGGACGAGAGAGCGGCUGGAGGGGAGGAAGAAGGUAGUUGAAGAGUUUGUGCACAGAGGGAAAGACGGUGACAUAAAGAACUGGCACCAUUUCUGUGUUUUCUCAUUAAUAUAUUUAAUAUUAUUUUGUUGACGGACUCUUUUACAUGUGAAAUCUAUUGCACUUCUAUCACAAAGUGUGUGUGUGUGUGUGUGUGUGUGUGUGUGUGUGUGUGUGUGUGUGUUGUGUG